AUGAACGUGCUCAUAGCGGAUCUUGAGUUUGUGUACAAGGGGUCAAAAGGAAAACUAUUAUUUUUUAUAACAGUUAGCACUAAUAUAUUCAACCAAAGCUUUCAAGUUAACAAAGUGAUAAAACAUUUCUUCUCGAAGUUUGAAGCAACAUUAUUAGUUUCGUUUUUCUUGUGGUUGGACUUGAUUGGCAAGAAGACGAAGAAAAAGAAUACUGUAAAGGAAGCAGUAUCCAAAACUUCUAAGGAUGCUAAUGAUGCUGGUGAUGAAGUUGUUCAAAAGAAGCAGCAGCAGCAGCAGCAAAUCAAUAUCAAGGCCAAGAAGAAGAAGAAGAAGAAUUCGGUUUCCACUACUGAUCAUGAUCAUAUUACCCUUUAUACUUCUAAUGUUAAUAAUAGUAAUGCAGGUAUUGAAGGAAAUGGAGCCAAAGAGAUGAUGAAAACAAGCAAAUACAGUGCUGGUCAUGGGAAAGUAGAGGAAGAGAAGAAAAAGAAAAAGAAAAAGAAACAUGAGGGUGACUUUGUUUGUGUGAUGGAAGCUUGUGGGAGGUACUUAGCAAGUCAUGUAUUGGAUUGGAGGUGGCUUACAAAUGAAAGAAUAGUCAAGGUUGAUAAAAUGCGAGUGAAACUUAGUGAUGUUGUUUGUGCCUAA